AAUGCGACCCUCGGCUGAAAACGGGGAACCGGCAGCGUGGGUUUGCUCGUGGCUUCGAAAUUUGCUCGUGAAACAGAGUAAAAUUUUGCGUGCCAAUUUUCUCGUACAACGGGGUUUUACUGUAUCGGAGUACGAGCGGUUUUGCUAUUAAACAAUCUUUGUAGGAGUACGAGCAUCAUUUGGGAAGACGAGCAUUUCUUUUGACGCGUUUGCUUCUGCUCUUCACCUCCGUCCCCACGCUUCAGUCUCUUCCUAGACACAGAGUGCAUUCUCGUCGUUCUUUUGUGGCCAUCUUGUGCUUUUGUUUGGUCUGCUUUUAUAGUGUUUUUUAGUUUUAUUUCACUACAAAUUGACCAUCACGUGUCCCAAGAUGUGUAGUGAUAUUGCUAGAAAGAAAGCUGUAAAAAGAAUAACCAUUGAACUAAAGAAAGAAAUGUUAGAAAAGCAUGAACGUGGUGCACGCACACGAGAUCUUUGUCUGCAAUAUGGCAUGUGUAGUUCAACUGUCAGUACAAUCAUAAAGAACAAAAAGAAAAUCAUGGAAUCCACUGUGGCUAAAGGAAUGACUGUUGUUAGCAGUAAACGAAGAUCCAAUGUGGUUGAAGAGAUGGAAAAUCUGUUGAUAGUGUGGAUCAAUGAAAAGAUAAAUGCUGGUGACCGUGUCAAUGAGCGUUUGAUAUGUGAGAAAGCUAAAAGAUUGCACGAAGACCUCGUGAAAGAAUCUCCUGGUACGAGUGUAUUUACUGCUAGCAGAGGGUGGUUCGAUAGAUUUAAGAAAAGGAGUGGCAAUCAGAAUGUGGGUAGGCAUGGCGAACCUGCUGGUGCGAACCAAAAAGCAACUGAUGAUUUUGCGAAAGAAUUUUCGGACUUUGUGAAGAAGGAGGGAUAUCUUCCACAGCAACUUUUCAACUGUGACGAAACGGGACUAUUUUGGAAGAAAAUGCCCAAUCAAACUUACAUAACCAAGGAAGAAAAGUCCUUACCAGGACACAAGCCCAUGAAGGACAAGAUGGCGCUCUUAUUUUGCGCCAAUGCAAGUGGAGACUGCAAACUCAAGCCGUUGCUCGUCUACCACUCCGAAAAUCCUAGAGCAUUUAAAAAGAAUCAUGUCAAUUAAACAACAGUUGCCUGUUAUGUGGAGGGUUAAUAAGAAGUCAUUGGUAACCAGGAUGCUCUUCGAGGAAUGGGUUCAUUUAGUGUUUGCGCCUGGUGCAAAAAAAUAUCUGCAAGAGAAGUUGUUGCCAGUAAGAUGUGUCCUUGUUCUCGACAACGCAACCGCCCACCCUCAAGGACUUGAAGAACGGUUACCGGAGGAAUUCGGUUUUAUAACUGUGAAGUUCCUGCCACCAAACACGACUUCUCUCCUUCAACCAAUGGAUCAGCAGGUUAUUUCUAAUUUCAAGAAGCUGUACACGAAAAAUCUCUUUAAGAAAUGUUUCGACAUAACCUGCGAUACGGCAUUAACCCUCCGAGAGUUUUGGAAAGACCAUUUUAACAUCUACAACUGCAUUGGUCUGAUUGAUAAAUCAUGGGAACAGGUGACCAAUAGAACCCUAAAUUUGUCCUGGGAAAAACUGUUGCCUGACUUAAUAGAUGAAAGAGACUUUAAGGGUUUUCAGGAGACAGAAACAUUGGUCGAUGACAUUGUUGAAAUAGGCAACAAUUUAGGAUUAGAGGUCACUGCCGCAGAUGUUGUGGAAUUACUCCAUUCUCACAAAGAUGAUCUCAACACAGAGGACCUUAAGGAACUUAAGAAAGAACAAGAAAGGAUGGACGAAGAGAUGGAAAGAAGGGAAGAGGAAGUUGAGGAGAACGUUUCUACUGCGGAAAUAAAAAAGAUAUGCAGCAUGUGGAACACAGUGCAAAGAUUCUUAGAGAAACAUCAUCCGAACAAGACUUCUAUAUGCCGUGCUACAAGCUAUCUUAAUGACACCGGAGUCGCCUACUUCAGGAAUAUCAUAAAAAAUAGGCAAAAGCAGACCAACAAUGAGUCUUUUUUAAAAAGAAAAAGUGACGAAGAACCAGGACCUAGUGGUGUCAAAAGAGAGAGACAGGAACGAACACUUGGAAGUCCCUCUAUCUUAAUGGAAGAGGACUCCACUUCCUUUCAUUAAUCUCCUUCACCUCUUCCCCAAACAUCGUCUCACCAUCAACCACUACAACACCAUAAUUUUUCCCCCAACUGGUUCUCCAAGACUUCCACACAAUUUCCACGCACACCUCAGAGCCCUCAUCUUCUUCCAAGAAUUCACCGUUUCGUGUUUUUUUAAAGCUAUAAAAACACUUUUGUAUGAUUUAAGAUGUGUAACACUUCUGGGUGCAAAAUAAAUCACAUCAUAAAUAAAAUAAAUUAAAAAAAGAUCUAUAAA